AUGGAAGACAAUUCUCUUAUUGAACUGUUCGAAGAACUUACGGAUUCUGAAAACGACGACGAGAAACUGCACAUUUUGGUGAAAAGAUGUUGCACUGCAUCGAGUAGCGAGCUCGAAGAUUUCAUCAAUGAACUGUCGGAACUUUCGUGCUACUCUUUCGAAUUAUAUAUACCGUUCUUGAAAGCUUUCCUUUCCCAAUUAUUGAAGUAUUCAAAACGUCCCACUUUGCUAACGAAAUAUACUUCAGCGUUUCAAAAAUUUCCUUCUCUUUUAAUUAAGUAUGUAGUUAUGCAAAACCUUCAUCAAUGUGAUAUUCCGGGAUUUGGAGAAUUAUUUGAUCACUGCCUUGAGCUUCUUUGGCAAGCUCAGAAUAAGAUUACUAUUCAGACGACUAAAGAUAUUUUAGACAAAAUCCUGGAUUCGGACAGUAUCCUAAGGGUUUUGGUAUCAAGGUCGCAUGGUCGUCAUUGUCUUAAACGUGUCAUGUCUGAAUUGAGCAAAAAUAAUAGGAUAACAGAGAAAGAAACAUUAUUGAAGGCGGUAGAUAUGGUUGCGGCCAUUGUGGAAGAAUGUUCCGAACAUAAGAAUAUUUCACCUUGGCUGUCGGAGGCAUUAUCUGUAUAUAAAGCUUGUAGUGCAUUGUUAGAUAAAUUCCGCCUGAAUGAAUGUUUGUGCGACAACGAUGAAUCACAUUUCACACUGUUGGGAAUGUCAGUGCCCAAAAACUCACCGGAUGUUCACUAUAUGCACGCGUUUGAACAACGAAAAUUAAAUUUAUUUCAAGCUUUAAUAAAAUUUUCGCCAUGUAUAAGUUGUCAGAAACAAGCUCUCAUCCGUUUUUCCCCUGACAAAUACUCUUCAUACGUGGAAGAGGAGCUAACAAAUUUUCAAAACUCAAAACUCGUCUUUCGCCUACCAUUUGAGCUUGAUGAAGAUGAUAAACUUGGGCCUUGGAAUAUCCUGAUAAGUGAAGACGCAAUAAAGGAUAUGGCUCAUUUGAAAAUACCACAGAAUUUGCAGAAGAUUAAAGCUGUCUUGAAAAAACUUGGGAAUAUAUCUUUUGGAGCUUGGGACAAGCUCGAGCUGAAACUUAUAAUUCCAUCUCUUUCAAUCCAUGUUUAUGAAACAGAGCCUCAUGAUCACAGCGGUCUAAAGAUCCUUUUGCAAGUUAAUUAUAGUCCUUUUAUCGAUAACUACCCGUUUAGUAAACUCGUGAAAGUUUGGGCUGUCACUACCGACCAAGAACGUAUUGACAAACUACUAGAAUAUCUUGCGAUGCUCCAUCAAGUAUAUACAAUAUGCCGUUGUACUAUUCAACAGGUUGAUGAAAAACUCAAAUCCACUGAGAAAGAGCCUUGCAGUUGUCAAAUAGAUGAUGAGAUACUGUUAGAAAUCCACAAAAUGCUUGUUGCUGGUAAAUUUAUUCCAUUAUCAAAGCGCUUGCUUAAGCCACUGGUGAUGCGUAGAACCGACUUCACUUUUCAGGUAUCAGAGAUAGAGUAUGAUAUCAUCAACAAUCACAACUCAGCUAUCAUAAUUGGUCGAUCAGGUACAGGCAAGACCACAUGCAUAAUGUAUCGACUAAUCGCCUCCUAUCUCAACAAUUCAUAUUAUACAUACGACGAUAUGCCAAUCACAUACAAAAGGCAAGUCUUCAUUACAGUGAGCCACCAUCUAUGUCGUCGGAUUAAGGAAUGCUUUAAAAGGCUGCAAAAAUCUGCGGCGCUUGCCGAGAGAAAGAUGUCGGAAGCUCAAUUCUAUGAGUACGCUAAAAAGAGAGAAGAGGAAGAUUUUGAUAAUGACUUAGUUGAUAAUAAUAUGGUUGAAGAAGAUGAAGACAAUGAUCUAAAUGACAUACCAAACUCAUUCUAUCAUUUGACAAAAGACCAUUUUCCAUUAUAUUGGGAACGUUUCAAUGAUAAAAAGCUGGAUCAUGAGCUGGUCUACUCCGAAUUCUCUAUUAUUAAGGGAUCGAAUUCCGAAGGAAAGUAUUUAUCAAGGGAAGAGUAUCAGGCUAUAAGCACUAAAAAAUAUCCUGUAUUUUGCCACAUCCGGGAUAAAAUUUACGAUUUGUUUCAGCGAUAUGAAAAAAUGAAAGCACGUAAUGGUGAUUAUGACUUGAUAGAUCGAACGAUAGCUAUUUUACGUUGUGCUAUGAAAAAAACAUUCAGAGGUUCGCACAUUCAUGAAGUAUACAUUGAUGAAUGCCAAGACAACCAGAUCGCUGAUUUUGGCCUUAUCUUGAAAAUCUUUGAUCGCGUUGAUAGCAUUUUUUUGGCCGGAGAUACAGCACAAUGUAUAGCCAAAGGCUCUUCUUUUCGAUUUGAGGAUAUACGCGCCUUGAUGCAUAAAUGGGAACUCGAACGAAUUCAAACUAAUAAUAAUAUCUUUCGUGAUACUAUGGAACCAAAUCGAUUUGAGUUAAACGUUAACUAUCGUUCUCAUAAUGGAAUCCUUCGACUUGCUGCAUCAAUAAUUGAUCUCAUUUUGGAGUUUUUUCCUAAAACUAUUGACCGUUUGUCACGUGAACGUAGUGAGGUUGGCGGUCCUCAGCCUAUUGUUUUUAAAGGGUUUCAGUCCGAAACUUUUCACCUUAAGCUCUUUUCUGCCGGUGAAAAUCCUGAAAAUUAUAUCGAGUUCGGAGCCGAACAAGUCAUUAUCGUACGUGACGAAAAUUCGAAAUCACGAGUCGAGGAUCUAAUUGGAAAGAAGGGGCUAGUGUUGACAGUGUUUGAAGCGAAGGGAAUGGAGUUUAAUGACGUGUUGUUAUAUAAUUUCUUUACUGAUUCGCCUGGCGGUCUAAAGUGGCGCGUUAUUCUCUCUGCUUUGGGAAACCAAUCUGAAGGAGUUCAAACAUUUUCUCACGAGAAACAUUACAUCCUUUCCUCUGAAUUGAAGCAUCUUUAUGUUGCAGUCACCAGGGCGCGGCAACACAUUUGGAUAUUCGACGAGAAUGAUCAAUAUAUUGAACCAAUCUGCAAAUACUGGGAACGAAAUGGGUUAGUCAAAGUGAUCCAUAGUGAGGAUGAGACCAACUCUUUCCCUACGUUGGCUAGAACGAGCAGUUCAGCAGAAUGGAAUCGAGAGGGGAAUAAAUUUUUCGAAUCACGAAAAUAUAAACAGGCUAUUUUUUGCUACGAAAAGAGUGGUAAUGACGAAAAACUUGCGCGAGCUAAGGCUUAUCAUCUUCGACAAAAAGCAAGAGCCUCUAUAAAUGAUUCCGAUUGGGACACAGUGAUUUUAAAUUUUUAUCGUGCAGCUGAUGCAUUUCGAGAAUGUUCUCGGCCGAUACAAGAGGCUUCAUGCUAUGAGGAUAUCAACAUGUAUGAAAAAGCUGCUGAAAUUUACCUUGGAGGAAGCAUGUUUGAGCACGCCGCAUGUUGUUAUCUUAAGAUUUCUAAUUUUGAAUAUGCGGGAAAGUAUUUUGAAAUGGCGAGUAAGUACACCGAAGCUGUUCUUGCUUAUAAAGAUGGUCGAUAUUAUGAAAACGUCCUUAAUCUGAUGCAAAGUCACAGAGAAAAAAUUGACAAGAAAAUAUUUAACCGUAUAAUACGUCUUGUUAAUAUUCAUUACCGCCGGGUGAACAACAAAAAAAUGAGCGAGAAAGCUUUAUCCGUUCUUCCAACCCAGGAGGAACAAAAUAAUCUCCUUCGAGAUCAUGCUCCUGAAGAACUUCAGGAGAUAUACAAAAAAAAUGGAAAAUUUCGUGACGCUGCUGAAGACUUACGUUUUCGUGGAAAGUUUAAUGAAGCGAUUGAUACAUUCCUUCAAUCUGACAAUGAUGAGGAUAUCAUAGAGGCUUUACAAUGUUGCCUCUAUUUAUGUAGAGUCAAAGUAUUGAAAAUAACAAUGAUAAAUUUCGGAAGACUAAAUGAUUCUCCUGAAGAUUUAAUUGAUCUAAAUGACCAACUUUCUAAGGCCAUCAAUAUCGAUACACAGUCACUAAAGAGAUCUGAAGAAUUGAGAAACCUAGGAGAAGAGCUCCGAUUAUAUUCGGCUUAUCUGAAUUCGGAUCUUGAUGGAAUUCGCAAGUUUAUGAAAUUGUUCAGAAGUCGUGAAGACCGCGUCAACGAGUUUCGUGCGGUAACCAUAUGGCUGGAUAUGUCGAAAGAUAAAAUUAAGGCUGAGAACUGGCGGGAAAGAUUGCAUUGUCUAUUGAGAAUAUGUGAAUUGGCCUUUCCUUUUUUAGCUCCUCGAGGAAAUGAAAAUCUUACAAAAAUUAACAAAGAAUUUCAGAAUGUUUUCGUUGUAAACGAAGUUGAGAAUCGUCCACAAAAACGAAAAAUAUCUUCUGACAAUCACCUUAUUCAUCUGCUAAAUCAAACUAAUGCAGAAAUCUCGGAAAAUUGGGAUGAGGCUAAUCUAUAUGGUAGACAAAUUCAAGAUAUAAGUUCUAAAAUCUGUUUCAAUUUUACAUCCUGUACAAAUCAAUAUUGUCGAAAGCAUCAUGUUGUUCCAACACCUUCAAUUUUGCUCAAACGUUUUGAACUUGCUUGCCUUCAGAUCGAUGUAAUGCAACAAUUAAACGUAUUAUAUUCUCGCCGUCUUCUUAAAGAACAACAAAGUAAAACGGUUUGUGGAGCACAAAGGUGGUGGGCUGAAAGACUUGUGAGAUUUCAUAUUCGUUAUCAAUCUCCUCAAACAAGCUGUCCAGAAGUCACUUACACAAUGCUUGCCAAGCUUUCUAAGCACACACGUUCUAGAUUAAUUAAUCUCUGUCAGGUUUUGCUUUCUGAAAUGCAUGAGAAUGACUUUGACUUUUCGAUCAUGUUAAAAUGCAUUCUUGUUCUUCACCAAUUACGAGAUUAUUGGUGGAUUGAUGAAUUCAAUUGGAAAAUGUCACGGAGAAUAACACUAAGACACCGUAAGCAGUUACCCAUCGGUUAUGCUUACUACCAUAGAUAUGAAGCUGUUCCUGUUGGAGAAAAACUUACAAAAUUCUUCUCAAAUCUCUAUGCUAAUCGCGUGUUAGAUGCGAUUCAGCACAUAGAAAUUUUUAUUCAAUACGCUAUCAACAAUGCUAAACUAGUCAAAAUCAAUACACCUGAUGCAUUUUGUGACCUUAUAUCUCUUAUGGAGUUCAAAACAUCUUUAGUUUUUGCGGCUGCUCCUGGUAUUGCGAUUUUUGUCUUCCUCGAGCUUAUUUGA